AUGUUCUUUAAGGGUUACCAGAAAAGUAAUAGACAUAAAAAGUCUAAUAGAGGUUCUAAAUAUACGAAAACAAUUGUUCUUACUUUAACAGGCAGCAAGUGUGCGAUGAAUAAGAAGAAAAAUGUGGACUUAGAAGAGUUAUCAAAAGAAUUUGCUGCAAACAAAGUGUCGGCUGCUGGAGUUUCUAACAUAGUUCAAUCUCGCUCAUUUCCGAGACGCUGCCUGUGGUUCAUUGCUGUAAUGUCCUGCAUAACAUUCAUGGGGUAUAUGACUGUCAAAGUCAUUUUAGAGUACUUCAGCUAUCCAAAAGUGCUCAUCGUUGAAGAUGAAAUCCUCCCCAAGUUGACUUUCCCUGCCGUUACGCUUUGCUCCUUGAAUCCAAUUUCAAGCUACUACGUAAAAUAUACAUCCAUUAAAAAAGUUUGGGAUUUGAAGAAAUUGCAAAGGAAUUUUACUGCGGAAAGUCGCAAUUCUUCUAUACGGGAGGAAUGCUUGGAAAAUCUGCUCUGUGAAUGGUCUUGGUUUGAAGAGCAAUGCACAUGCGUUGAAAACCCGUGUCUCACGGAAUUCUGUCUGGCUGUGAACAGCUCACAUUGCAGUUGCUUGUGGGCCUUCUGCGAGAGCGAAGAUUGGAAAGUGGAGGGCUGCCGGAUUGCAUAUGAUGGUGAUGACAAAACUUGCAUCUGCAACGGCACUUCGAGUGCAGAUGAAAGCGAUUCAUUUGAUGAUUCAGAGGACGAUGAACUAAAGGAUUUACUCGCCGAAAUUGACAACAAAGAAAUAAAAGAAGUGAUACGCCUUAUUAAACAAUCAGCAACACACGACCUGGUUGAUAUAGACGAAGCGUUGCAGCCAACUACGAAAGAACUCUAUCAAUAUGGGGUUACUUUUGACAGUCUAAUUGCAUCUUGUACCUUCGAAGGAGCCCGCUGUCGCAGAGAAGAUUUCACGGUGCUUUAUGAUCCGAUUUAUGGAAAAUGUUACAUGUUUAAUUAUGUUGGAAGCAAUGGAACGGAUUCAGAAAAGCCUAUAGAAAUUCAGACUUACGGUAGUAUAGGGGGUCUUCAACUUCUCCUUCGUGUGACAGAUGACUAUGCACUGGAUUUACUCCGUCGCGAGAUCGGUGCCCGAAUCGUCAUCCACGAUCCCCAUAUUCUACCGUUUGUGGCAGAGUAUGGAAGCUCUCUUACUCCAAGGUAG